UUAAUGAUUUAUAUGAAUAAUAAUAAUCGGUUAAAUACCUAUGUUAAAUUUAGAUUUAGUUAAUGUGCAAGGGCCAUCCUAUAUUCCUUUCAAAUUGAGCACCUAAUUUACAACUUGUGCGAUCAAUGGAAAAACAAUUGGACUUUACUUUUGUUUUAAUGAGUUUUAACACGGCGUUACAAUAUAUUAUUAUGCUACCAUUGUAUGAACUAUGAUGUGAAAAGUGAAAAGUUGAAAAAGUAAGAUACCAUUAUCGUAAUUGUUCUUAUCACAGUAUCACAUAAAUUUAUUCAUUCGGUGAACUGUGAUAUAUUACUGAUAGCUGGUGAAAUAUUAACAAUUUUUAAGUGAGAGCAAUAAAUUAAUACUCUAUGGUGUAGCUACUAUAAAAAAAAAAGCUCUACAAUUUAUUUUGUUCUCUAUUCUGUAAUAAAUAAUAAUAAGUUUGUAUAUUACCUAUAAUCAUUAAAGUGUAUUCCAUGGUUAAGAAUUUCAUUGUUCUGUGAAUCCUAUUUGUUCUUGUUGGAUAAUUAUUGCGUAUCCACAUGUCUUCUGCAACUUUUGGCCAAAAAAGUUUUCAACCAACACCUCCUGAAAAGGGUAGUUUCCCAUUAGAUCACCAAGGCCAGUGUAAAAAAACUGCUUACAAAUACAUGUUUUGCUUAAGUGUUAACAGCGGGGACAAUUCGCAGUGUCGUCAAGAGGCCAAAGAUUAUUUGGAUUGCCGUAUGCAAAACGAUUUGAUGGCAAAAGAAGAAUGGACUAAACUUGGAUUGGCUGACAUCAAAAAUACCAAGGACAGUAAUUCAACUCAAUAA